CCUAUUGUUGCAUUGCAUAUUAAAUUUCAGUUCAAUCAUAAAAUCUUUCAUUAAAUACAAAUUGUCAAUACAUAUACUAUAUAUUAAUUUUAUAUUAUACUAACAUAUAGUUUUUUGACUAUAAUUAAUCUUACAAUAAAGUCUUUUUCUUCAAACUCUCACAUGAGAGCUAAGGAUCCAAAUAAUCAUGAAUAAAGGGAGUUUAGAACCCAAUCUAAAACUCACUGUUCCUUCAUCUAAUCAAGCUUCUUUUGCAAAGUUCUUGACACAAAGUGGUACUUUUAAAGAAGGGAACUUGCUUGUUAAUAAAGAUGGAGUUAGAAUUGUCUCUGAGAGUGAAGAUGAAGCUCAACCACCAAUCAAACCAGUUAACAAUCAAAUAAGCUUAGCAGAGAUUGAUACAAUCAAAGUGAUUGGAAAAGGAAAUGGAGGGAUAGUCCAACUGGUGCAACACAAAUGGACUAAUCAAUUUUUUGCAUUGAAGCAAAUUCAAAUGAAUCUUGAAGAAUCUACAUGCAGGCGAAUAGCGCAAGAGCUAAAAAUCAAUCAAUCAUCACAAUGUCCUCAUGUUGUUGUUUGCUACCAAACAAUCUAUUAUAAUGGCACCAUAUCAAUCAUCUUAGAGUAUAUGGAUGGAGGGUCCUUAGAUGAUCUUCUUAACAAAGUUAAAACAAUUCCAGAACCAUUUCUUGCUGCCAUUUGUAAGCAGGUGUUGAAGGGUUUGAUGUAUCUUCACCAUGAGAAACACAUUAUUCAUAGGGACUUGAAACCUUCUAAUAUAUUGAUAAAUCAUAGAGGGGAAGUAAAGAUUACUGAUUUUGGUGUAAGUAUAAUCUUGGAGACUACAUCUGGUCAAGCAAAUACUUUCAUCGGUACAUACAACUAUAUGUCUCCAGAAAGAAUCAAACCAGGCGAACAAGGCUACAACUACAAAAGCGAUAUAUGGAGUUUAGGACUGAUGUUGCUCAAGUGUGCUACUGGGAGUUUUCCAUAUACUCCGCCCGAUAAUAGUGAAGGAUGGGGAACUUUGUUUGAGCUUAUUGAAGCCAUUGUUGAAAAACCUUCACCUAGUGCUCCAUCUGAUGUAUAUUCUCCUGAAUUUUGCUCAUUUAUCUCAGCAUGUUUACAGAAAAAUCCAAGGGACAGACCAUCGACGCGAAACCUAUUGAGGCAUCCUUUUGUGAACAUGUAUGAUGACUUGGAGGUGGAUCUUUCGGCUUAUUUCUCCAAUGCAGGGUCUCCACUUGCAACCAUAUAAAAUAUGUUGUGGAUGCAAUAAUGGUUGUGAUCAUUGAAGUUGCUGCGACGCACAUUCCAGCUGUUGCGGCAUGACUUAAAUUUAAAUUUUCACAAAAUAUAUAAAAUUUUGUAUAAACAUGAUUGAAAUUAUGCGAUGCGGCACUGUAUGUGAUUAAAGAUGAUGCCGUUGUGGAGGCUACAACAUCCGCAAUCAGCAAUAUUUGUUAGUUAAUGUGCUGAUUUGAUUUUAUGUUAGUAGAAUAUGAUAAAGUAGUGGAAAUUAUCUAAUGUAAGUGAAGAGUUACAUGAGUGAAUUGUCAUUGUUAUUAGUGGAAGCACUUAGUGCUUAGUGGAGUGUUUAAUCAUUGAUUAAGCACCUAGUAGUUGUGACUCUUUAAUAGUUGUAACCAUCACUACUCAUGCUAUAUAUAUUCAUGUGUAUGAGAUGCAUUUGAAAUAAGAAAAAUACAUGAAUAUUCAGCCCCAAAAA